UAUGAAAGCAUCUCUUGUAUGCAUACUAAUUCUGGCUGUGGCUGCAGUUGAUUUUGAAUCAUUUUAGUAAGCCUUAGAGUUUGAUCCAUAAACAAUGUCAGGAGACAAUUGUGGAAAUGAUGAUUAAUUCACAUAAUAAUAUGAAGCGUAUUUCUUAUUCAUAUGUUCAGGUUCUUACCUUGGAUUUAAUUACUUGAAGAGGGUGAAAUUGAAAUGUAAGAAGAUCACAGUGUACUUACUUAAGCUAGAGAUAAAAUUAAAUUAGUCAGAGAAUAUAUUUAAGAUUUGGAUGAAGGUAAUUUAUACAUUUGAAUUUAGAACUUGAGUAGGAGAAAACUAAUAAUGUAGUUGAAUAACCAACAUAACAACCUACAUAAUAAUCUGAUCCAUUACCAGUUUAACCAGAAUAAGAAUAAGUUUAAGAGGAUGAUGAUGAUGAAGAAGAGAAUGAUGAUCCAUUUGGUUGGGGAGCAGGUGAAAUCCCAUAAUAAUUAUUGGUUGAUAGCAAGAAAAAACAUAAUAAAAAUCUUAAAGGACAUGCUAAGGUUUUAUUGGAAGUUAUGAAUAAGAGCAAAUCACUUAAAUAUAAAAGCGUAUUCAUUUUAUUUAUCAUAGAAAAUCAGAAGAAUUGUUGCUAUGGCUACUUCAUUAGAUACUGAUAUGGGAACUUAAGAUUUAUAGGAAAGAAAAAAUCGUAAAUUAGAACUAUGUGAUUUAAUUUUGGAUGAAUUAAUCAACAUGAUUGAAUUCUUAGAAAAAGUUAUGAAUGACUAUGUAUUCAACAUUCUACUAUCUAUAGGAAUAUCAAUAAGAAGCUUAUGAUAUUUUCAAAAAGAAAUAAGAAGAAAUAGUAGAAGUUGCAAAUGAAUGUGGAGCAAGAGUGAUAUCACUUUAAGAUACUUAUUCAACAAGCUUUGUUUAAACUCAACCCUUAAAAAGAAAUAAGAAAUAAAAUAAAGAACAAAAGAGAAAAAGAAAGCAUUGAAU